AUGGAGGGGAGUGGUGCUGGAGAUUUACGGAGAGGAAGGGGAGUGGUGCUGGAGAUUUACGGAGAGGGAGGGGAGUAUUGCUGGAUAUUUACGGAGAGGGAGGGGAAUGGUGCUGGAGAUUUACGGAGAGGGAGGGGAGUGGUGCUGGAGAUUUACGGAGAGGAAGGGGAGUGGUGCUGGAGAUUUACGGAGAGGAAGGGAGGGGAGUGGUGCUGGAGAUUUACGGAGAGGGAGGGAAGUGAUGCUGGAGAUUUACGGAGAGGGAGGGGAGUGGUGCUGGAGAUUUACGGAGAGGGAGGGGAGUGGUGCUGGAGAUUUACGGAGAGGGAGGGGAGUGGUGCUGAAGAUUUACGGAGAGGAAGGGAGGGGAGUGGUGCUGGAGAUUUACGGAGAGGGAGGGAAGUGGUGCUGGAGAUUUACGGAGAGGGAGGGAAGUGGUGCUGGAGAUUUACGGAGAGGGAGGGGAGUAGUGCUGGAGAUUUACGGAGAGGGAGGGGAGUGGUGCUGGAGAUUUACGGAGAGGGAGGGGAGUGGUGCUGGAGAUUUACGGAGAGGGAUGGGAGUGGUGCUGGAGACUUACGGAGAGAAGGAAGGGGAGUGGUGCUGGAGAUUUACGGAGAGGGAGGGGAGUGGUGCUGGAGAUUUACGGAGAGGGAGGGGAGUGGUGCUGGAGAUUUACGGAGAGGGAGGGGAGUGGUGCUGAAGAUUUACGGAGAGGGAGGGGAGUGGUGCUGGAGAUUUACGGAGAGGGAGGGGAGUGGUGCUGGAGAUUUACGGAGAGGAAGGGGAGUGGUGCUGGAGAUUUACGGAGAGGGAGGGGAGUGGUGCUGGAGAUUUACGGAGAGGAAGGGAGGGGAGUGGUGCUUGCGAUUUACGGUGAAUGGAGGCGAGUGGUGCUUGCGAUUUACGGAGAGGGAGGGGAGUGGUGCUGGAGAUUUACGGAGAGGGAGGGGAGUGGUGCUGAAGAUUUACGGAGAGGGAGGGGAGUGGUGCUGGAGAUUUACGGAGAGGGAUGGGAGUGGUGCUGGAGAUUUACGGAGAGAAGGAAGGGGAGUGGUGCUGGAGAUUUACGGAGAGGGAGAGGAGUGGUGCUGGAGAUUUACGGAGAGGGAGGGGAGUGGUGCUGGAGAUUUACGGAGAGGGAGGGGAGUGGUGCUGAAGAUUUAG